GCGGCCCUGAGCAGCCUGCUUCCCGGCGGGGCGACCGGCGGCGGCGGCGGCGGGGGCGGCGCGACCCUCGGCGACGGCGGCGGUGGCGCGAGGCCGGCGCGCAGCGACAUGUAACCAUGGACUGCAGGACCAAAGAAAAUCCAGAAAGAACCUUUGACUUGGUGUUGAAAGUGAAAUGUCAUGCCUCUGAAAAAGAAGAUCCUGUGGUGUUGUGGAAAUUCCCUGAGGACUUUGGAGAUCAGGAAGUACUACAGAGCGUGCCAAAGUUCUGCUUUCCCUUUGACAUUGAAAGGGUGUCUCAAAAUCAAGUUGGACAGCACUUUACCUUUGUACUGACUGACAUUGAAAGUAAACAGAGAUUUGGAUUCUGCAGACUCACAUCAGGAGGCAAAAUUUGUUUAUGCAUCCUUAGUUAUCUGCCAUGGUUUGAAGUAUACUACAAGCUUCUAAAUACUCUGGCAGACUAUUUGGCUAAGGAAUUGGAAAAUGAUUUGAAUGAAACUCUCAAAUCACUCUAUAACCACCCAGUACCAAAAGCAAACACUUCUGUCAAUUUGAGUAUGAAUCAAGAGAUAUUUAUUGCCAGUGAGCAAAUUCUGAAAGAUCAGCUCUCACUAAUAUCGCAUUCUUACUUCAUCGCCCCUGAUGUAACUGGACUCCCAACAAUACCUGAGAGUAGAAAUCUCACGGAAUAUUUUGUUGCUGUGGAUGUGAACAAUAUGCUGCAACUGUAUGCCAGUAUGCUACAUGAGAGGCGCAUCAUAAUUACCUCUAGCAAAUUAAGCACUUUAACUGCCUGUCUCCAUGGAUCAGCUGCUCUGCUCUAUCCAAUGUACUGGCAGCACAUAUACAUCCCAGUGCUUCCUCCUCACCUGCUGGACUAUUGCUGUGCCCCAAUGCCAUACCUGAUUGGAAUACACUCCAGCCUCUUAGAGAGAGUGAAAAAUAAAUCACUGGAAGAUGUGGUUAUGUUAAAUGUUGAUACUAACACUUUAGAAUCACCAUUUAAUGACUUGAGCAACCUACCAGUUGAUGUGGUCUCAGCCUUGAAAAAUAAACUGAGGAAGCAGUCUACAGCUACGGGUGACGGAGUGGCUAGGGCCUUUCUUAGGGCACAAGCUGCUUUGUUUGGAUCCUACAGAGAUGCACUGAGAUACAAACCUGGUGAGCCCAUUACUUUUUGUGAGGAGAGUUUCGUAAAGCACCGCUCAAGUGUGAUGAAACAGUUCUUGCAAUCAGCAGUUAACCUUCAGCUUUUUAAGCAGUUUAUUGAUGGUCGACUGGCAAAACUAAAUGCUGGAAGGGGUUUCUCUGAUGUAUUUGAAGAAGAGAUCACAUCAGGUGGUUUUUGUGGAGGGAAUCCAAGGUCAUAUCAACAGUGGGUGCAUACUGUUAAGAAAGGAGGUGCACUAUUCAACACAGCAGUGACCAAAGCAACUCCUGCUGUACGGACAGCAUAUAAAUUUGCAAAAAAUCAUGCAAAGCUAGGAUUAAAGGAAGUGAAGAGUAAGCUAAAACACAAGGAAAAUGAGGAAGUUUAUGGGGCCUGCUCUGGUGCAGUGCAGCAUGCACCAGUUUACACAUUACACAGUGAAAAGGGAGGGAACCUGGAGAAGCGUAAACUUGCCCAGGCACGCUUGAAAAAGUCUCUCCAGAGCCUUGAUGGUGCCCUGUAUGAUGAUGACGAUGACAUUGAAAGAGCAAGCAAGUUAUCUUUUGAAGAUGGUGAAGAGCCUUCUGCCUAUUUUUAUGAAAGUGAUGAUUCUGGUGAAACAAGAAUGAAGACGCCUUAUUCAGGUGAAAUGGACUUACUAGGAGAGAUCCUUGAUACACUGAGCACACACAGCUCAGAUCAAGGAAAACUGGCAGCUGCAAAGAGCCUGGAUUUCUUUAGAUCAAUGGAUGAUAUUGAUUACAAACCUACGAAUAAAUCCAAUGCUCCUAGUGAGAAUAACCUGGCCCUCUUUUGUGGUGGCUCUGGGGAUCAAGCAGAGUGGAAUCUCGGACAGGAUGAUAGUGCCCUCCAUGGCAGACACCUCCCUCCUUCUCCCAAGAAGCAGGUUUCCUCUAGUGGUUUGACAGAGUCUUUGUUUAUUUUGAAAGAGGAAAAGAGUGAUGAACACAUCAGUGCUGACAGUGUGUGUGGCUCUAAAGUGGUGGAAAACCCAGCGUCUACUUCAGGAUUGAAUUUCCAGCUAGCUCCCUUUGAAGUUUCCCAAACUGAUAAAGGAGAAACGAAAAAGAAGGAAACACUAAGCCAGAGUUCAGAUGAUCUGUUUAUGCCCAGUCUUGGGAGAUGUCCAUCUACUUUUGUUCCUUGGGAGAAAGAAGGGAAAGAAGUCAGUGAGAAUUCAGAAGAUCUUGGACUGCUCCAUGAAGUAGUGUCAUUGUAUCACAUGUCAUCUGACUCCAGGCAAGGCGCAAGCAUUUCGAAAGGAAGUGCAAAUGGAAACGAAGCUUAAGUCACCAGUGAAGUAUCAAUCGCUUGCAUCAAAACUUCCAGGAGGCAUUUGGGGAUUCCCUAUAACCUGUAUAGUUAAAUAGAAUUAUUUGUAAGGAUGACAACUCUUUAUACUAUUUAUUUUUUUUUCAUUUGGAAGAAACAUUUCCCCCACUUGUUCAUCUCAUAGAUAUAUGUUAUCCAUUGAUUUUUAAAUGUAAACUGAAUUCUACUGUGCUAUUAAAUCAGGUACUAGUUUGUAUGCAUGUUUAAAAGAUAUGUUGCACAUAUGAUUUCCCAGUAAUUGGUGCUUAAUGCCAUUCAUUUUAUUUAAAAUAAGCAAGCAUAUGUAAUCCUAACACAUAACCAGUAGUUACUGUGUUAAUCUGGUUAAGCAUGAACUGAUCGACAUGUCACAAUGUAUCAAAACUAGCCUGAAACUGAUAAAACUGUUAAUCCACUAAUUGCCUUAAUCUUAUCACCCAUACUUAAAUAAUUAAGAAAUUACAUAUAGAGACUGAAAGAGAAGUCACUUUAUUUUGCAGAGCAAUAAUGCCUUUUUCUACUCAUCAAGUUAAGGUCAAAUUUAACUUUUUUUCAAGGUUUAUAGCUCUUGUGGAAAUACUUGCUUUUAUAAGGAUACUGCAGCCAUGUUUCUCAAAAAGUAAAAAAGAUAUAAAUUUAUCUUUCACUCAGUGACAAAUAUGAAGUGCUUAGUUGCAGUGCAAAGUUAAUGACUUCUGUUUACAAGGAGACACUUAAAAAUGUUUGUGGUCUCUCUCUCUGUAUGCCUUUGCUCUCUGGGGUCCCCUUCCAGAAAGCCAGAUGCAACACAAACUGUCCUGGCAAAAUUUUUUUUGUCUCUUUUCCUUAAUUAAUAGUUUUAUGUCAAAAAUGCUUUAUAUUCUCUUCUCAAAUUGCAUUUUUAAAUAACUGACUUUGUAUUUUAGAAGUUUUAGACUUAUGGAAAAAUUGAAGAGUUAAUAGAGAGCUCCAUAUAUCCCUGCACCCAAGUUCUCUGUUCAUGUUUUUUUUUUUUUUUUUGUCUUUUUCGUUUUUAUCGGUACCAGGGAUCGAACUCACGACGGCCUGCUUGCAAGGCAGGCGCUUAUGCCGCUGAGCUAAAUCCCCAGCCCCUCUGUUCAUGUUUUAAAUUAGUAUGGUGCACUUGCCAUAAUUAAUGAGCCAGUAUUGGUAAUCUGUACUUUUUUUCAGAUUUCACCUGUGGAAAGUGGCAGCGUCUGUUUUCUGUUCCAGGGUACAUUACAUAUAGUUGUCAUGUCUCCUUAGUUUUCUCUUGGCUGUGGCAGUUUAUUAGACUUUACUGACCUUGACAGUUUUGAGGACUAUUGGUAAGAUGAAUUAUACAGUGCCCUUCUCUUGGAGUUUGUCUAAUAUGUUGCUCAUAAAGUAGAUUUCUCACAAAUGGACUUUGGGAAGAAGAGUACAAUAUAAACUGCUAUUUUCAUCACAUGCUUUCAAGGGUAUAUACUGCCGAUGUGUUUGUGAAUGUUAAUGUUGACUUAGAUGGCCUGGCAAAGGUAAUGGUUGUCAGAUUUCUUUAUUAGAAACUCACCACAGCCCUCUUUUCUAUUGUGGUCUUUGGAAUGAAGUCACUAUGAGCAGCUCACACAUUUCCUCUAAGGCGGGGGAAUAUCUAAAUUAUUUGGCAUUAUUUAUGUGAAAUGUAUCUCCCUCAUUUACUGAUAAGCCUUGGAGUUCAUCUGAGAAGGAGUCAUAUACUGAUUACUUUAUGAUAGGUGAAACUGCCAGGAAUAAUCAGGAAAAAACCUAGUGAGGUUAUAUUAACUUAAAUUUCUGUGCUCAGUUAUCUAUUCUCUAUAUCAUAAUCAUGAUUUUUUAAAAAAAUCUUUUAGGAAAAGUGUUCAAGAAGCUAUUCAAGAAUCCCAAGAAGAUUGUACCCUAAAAGUAUUUACUUAUGGAAUGUAAUUUCAUUAUCCUAGAAGGAGAUUUGUCAAAAACAUUGCUUAAAAUAUUUAUUCAGGUCACUUUUAAAGAAAAUGACUAAGUAUUUUAAAUACACAUUCCAUAAUCUAAACGAAUAUGUUGUAUUUGGGAUAGUUAUUGAUUUACAAUUAUACAGGAAGAUAAAUACAGCUUUUAUUCUGGAGUAAAUUCUAUAUGUAAAGAAAAAAGUACAUAAUCUGCUUUUAAAACAUGAAAGAUUCAAGUUCUUAUAAAAUUUGACUUUAUGCUCAUUACAAAUUCUAUUAUACAUCAGUGAAAUACAAAAUAAAAAAGUCCAAGUAUAAGAGCUUUUUUAAGUAAUAAGGAAAAAAGGUUACCAUAGUGGUCGAUCUGAUUGACAAGUAUUCCUUCUUAAUUAAUGACAAGAAUUCAAAAUAAUAUCUAUUACGAAUUUUUAAAUGCAGUUUUUUCUUUUCAGAACUGAUAGUCUGAAGAAUAACUUAAUCCAGAGUAUAAUAUGAACCAGGUUUGGGUUUUAGUCCAUUUACUUAACAAAAACAUCAUGGCCAUGGGCUGUCUAUCUUUCAGUCAUCUUCCAAAAUGUUUGGCUAUAAUGCUGUGUUGUUUUGAGGAUAGUAAGCCAUUCACAGAUAAUGUAAUUGUCUUAAAGUAUUUUAAAGUGAAUUGUGCCUUAUUUUAAACAUACAAAAUUACCUAUUUUACUCUGUUAAAAACAAAAGCAAAAACAAAACUGUAUUAUUCUUGAAAACAGUCCAUAAAACUAGUAGCAAUUAUUAACAUUUCAAACCAUGUUACCGUGACUUCCCAGUAUUAUGAUGGAUAUUGAGAAUGAAGUGAAAUUAGGGUGAGUUCCUGAGUAAACAAACAAAAGUAUUAUUUUCUGCCAUGUUCAUAUUUUAUGUUAUAACCUAACAAGUCUUUUAAAGUUUCUAAGUUUAAAUUAUUUUUUCAAAGAAGCAAUACCACGUGUACAAAAGGAAUUGUAACUUAUACAGUACCACGUGUAUAAAUUAAGGCUUGGUACAUAGUCUUUUAUAUAACCGCUGAAUCAGGUCAUGUUUUUUCUGAAUCCCUCACUAGCUAUUGUUCUUCUGCCCAUAAAUAUUGCUCCCAUGGCAUUUCAGGGAGAUAGAGAUUAUUACGUACAUUAAGGAGCUGUCGUUUUAUUGAGUGACAAUGCUGCCUAGUGGUAUAUUUUGAUGAUUACCUACUUUGGCAUAUCUUGUAGAGGUACCGAAAUGUAGUAUGAUUAUUUUUCCCUUGAAAAUUUCAUUUACAAAAUAUUUAUAAACUUUUUGCACAAAUCAUGUACAAAGUAUGAUAACUGAAGGUUUGAGGAAAUAAUAUAACUAGCAUGAUCCCUUCUCUGAAGAAAUAAAAGGGAUUGUAAAUGUGUUGAAGUGAUGAUAAUGAUGGUAUAAUAAUAAUAAUGUGCUCUGCUUACAAAGUUACUACUCUGAGAUUCUAUCACCAAAAAAUUGUUUUUAAUAGCUGUUUAAUCAAACCAUGCUCUAAAUACAAUACCAUUCAUAAUUUCAUUAAUUUUCUUAGUUAUUCAUGAAUUAUAAUAAUGCUGCUAAGAUUCACUUUUAAAGGAUAGAAUCAGAAUCAUUCAGUGUGCUGGUUUACCUGAUUCUCCUUCAGAUGAGCAGUCACCACAGGGCCAGCCUCCUCCUGUAGGGAAAGAUGCUCCUUUUCAAUACGCAGGGCACUCUGCUCAGCUUAGGAAUUACUGGUACAAAACCCAAUCUUUUCUUUUUAAGAUUGUCAUAAUAAUUUUCUCCAGAACCAGUCCCUUCUUUUUAAAUUGAAACUGUAUGUGACAAUGCUGUAAUUAGGAUUCUAUCCUAAUAUCUUAGUAGUAGGAUUCAGGAAUGCUAGUGAAUUAGUUGCUUAUUAAUGGUGAAGAAGUAGACUUCUGAUCAAGAGAAGAAAACUGUGAAUAUUCUUAUCUAUAGACCUUCAUUCUCUGUUUGGAUUUUCAGGAGAUUAAUUACUUUCAUGAAUAAAUUUUCUAGUAAAAAUUCUAUUUGAUUCUGAAUCUGAGAAGAUAUUUGUAAAUCAGAAUAUAAAUUUAGAAGUGUGAAACAAAUCCCAAAAUUUAGUUUUCCUCAAAACACUUCUUAAUAUAGGAAAUAAACUUUAGAAAUCCUGCUAUUAUCAACACCUUUCCUACAUCAAGCAUAGUGAUACUGUUAGUGAAUGUUUCUUAAAGCUUCUUUAAGAGGCAGAAUGGUUUUAAAUAAAUCAAUGAACAUAAUGAUUUGGUCAAGAAAUAGGAAAUUAUUUAAAUUUAGAUAAAAAUUUUAUUUGAAAAAUAAUAGUAUUUUGUGCAAUAUUUUUUUCUUGCAUAAUUUAGUUCAUAUUGAUAUACACAUCUGCUUUUCAGGCAGAUGCCUUAAGGUCACGUCUUUCAGUAUUUGUGUAAAACUGUAUGUAGUAAUGUUCUGUGUGAUUUUAGAAAAGAACAGUCUUUAUAUUAUUGGAAGGAAAAAUGUUUUUGUUUAUUUAAAAUAAUUAUGUAUAUUCCAUUACUGUAUUAUAACUAACUGCCUCAGCAACAAUAAAUAUGCAAUAAGAAAAUCUUGUACCUUAGAUUAAUAUUGACUAUACUGUUACUUUAAAAGAAAUGUUUAUGGUACAAAGUGCUGAUUCUACACAUGUACACCUAAAUACUCUGUUCUGUACCACAUAAAUCAAAAUGGCAUUUGUAUGGUAAUGACCGUAUAUGUAGAGUGUAACAUCCUUUAUGAUGUAUCUUUGCUAAGUUUUAUAAAGGGCGUUGCCAAUACAUUUAACUGUCUAUAAAUUAAGUUAAUUUUUUGUAUGAUGUACAGUUUGUUUAACCUUAUAGCUUCUAUAGAUUUUUACUUUUAUUAUACUUGAAUGAGGCAAACGCACUGUGGAAAUUUGUAGCUCUGGAUGCAAUAUGCAAAUAUACCAAAAAAAUAAAACCAGGUACCGAACAACAAUGUUAACAGAAUGCUUUAUAUCCAGAAUGCUAUGUUGUUUUCAAGUCACACUUAAAUGAAGUAAUUGAAGAUAUGCAAUCUUUUAUCUUAGAAGGUUGUAGAAUCACAAAUGAUUACCUCUUUGAUAUGACAGACUUGUGAGUCUCUUCAUUUCUGCUCAUCAUUGUCAGAUGAGAGCCUUGAUAAGGUCCAUCAGUGAGUUCACCCUCUGCUUGACUAUAGAUGUUUAGGACAGAACAAAUUGAGAACUCUGUACACAUUAAACGGAUUGCAUGCAUUCACCGUCCUUUAGCUUUCAUAGAUUAUUUUGAAAACUACCUAAUCAUAUAGUAAAACUAAAUUUUUAGAAUCUGAUGAUUUAGCUGUGCCUAAAACAGCAAUUAAUAUGAACUGCAGGACUUGUACAAUUUAACAUGCACAAAGGUGUUUUGCAUAAAAGCCACAUGAUGAGUUCAAAACUAAACCUUUCCAGAGCCUUUUGUUAUUGUUGUUGGCUUCAGAUGAAAAGGUGUUUCCAAGGACUGAAAAUCUUGAACUUUUUAUGCAGUAUGGUAACAGAUACCUGUAAAAACCUACUCAACAUUGUGAUUUGCUGUAUUAUUAUUACUAUUAUUAUUAUUAUUAUUAUUUUUGCAUCCUUGAAGUUAACAGUGUAAAUCAUCUCCAAGGUUGACUACUAGUAGGAAGCUGUUAUGUACAAAAGUAUUACUUUGGAAAACUUUUAAAUAUACAAAAUAUUCAAUGAACUCAGUAUUCCAACUAAAUAAAGUACCCAACAAUGCAGUUAUAAAAUAAAAAUUUGGUCACAAUUAAA